CCUUACACCACGGGAAAUACACCUUCAAACAAGAAUCUCCAUAUCCCAUACUUACUCUUUCGUCUUCCUCCUUCUCACCCUCCCCGUCUCUCCAUCCCCUCCCCCAUCUCCCGCCUCGAGUGCGCAUCUCGCAUACCUGCAAUUGCCUCCCUAUUUCUCGGCGACACCACCACUACACGGAUUGUUGAUCGCACGCGGCCGUUGUCUCAGGAGUAAACCGAACCCGACCCCGGAAACUACAUACCACACAACUUCAGUUUCAGCGCAAAAUGAGCUACAACAACGGCGGCUACAACCAGGUUGGAGGCUACGGCUCCAACCCAUACGACCAGCGCGGCGAUGAUUCCUAUGGCCAGGGCGGUGGUGACCGUUACAACAACUACUCACAGGGCCGCUACGAUGACCCCAACGCGGUGGAGAUGCAGCCCUACGGCGGCAACCAGGGCGGCGCAGACCCCAAUGCCAUCCUCAACGAAUGCCGCGAGAUCGAUCGCGCCCUCGACCAGAUCGAUGGACAGCUUGCCAACCUCGAGCGCGUCUUCAAGCAGGUCUUGGCACGACCAGACAUGCCCUCCGGCGAAAUCACAAACCUGAGCUCCCAGGUCAUGACGGGAUACAGGGCGCUCGUCUCGCGCGUCAAGAACAUCAAGUCCAAGCCCGAGUCGGGUAACCCGCGCAACGCACCACAGGUCGGAAAGGUCGACCGCAGGCUCAAGGCCACCAUCAACAAGUACCAGAACCUCGAGGCUGAAUUCCGACAAAACUCCCAGGCUGCCGCCGAGCGCCAAUACCGCAUCGUCAGGCCCGAUGCUACUGACGAGGAGGUCCGACAAGCUGUUGAGGACCCUGAUGCACCAAUCUUCCAGCAAGCUCUUAUGAGCUCCGACCGCCGCGGCCAAGCCCAGUCCAGCCUCCGUAACGUCAAGGAGCGACACGAGGCCAUCCAGAAGAUCGAGAGGCAAAUGGUUGAGUUGGCACAGCUUUUCCAGGAUCUCGACCAGAUCGUCAUGCAGCAGGAGCCCCUUGUUGAGAACAUUGAGCAGAAGGGCGAGGAGAUCCACUCCAACGUCCAGCAGGCAAACACUGAGAUUGGUGGCGCCAUUGAGAAGGCGAGGAGCCGUAACCGCAAGAAGUGGUGGUGCUUGCUCAUCUGCAUCCUCAUCAUCAUUGUCAUCGCCGUCGUCGUGGCAGUCGUCGUCACAAUCAACAACAAGAAAUAAACGACAACACAUACCCCUCGCCCGGCCGGUCAAAAGUCACCCCCUCACAUCUCGAUCACACCCGUGUGACAAUUCUUUCUACUGCUUGGAAUUUCUUCUUUCUUUGGUCUACCCUGGGUUAUUUUGCUGUUGGUACACACGGACGACCAACCCCUCGCCUUCCAUCAUCUUCAACAACCCGCUCACACACGCGAUCCCCCCAUCUCUCUCCGCAUUCUCAAUUUUCCAUUGCUCGAUAUCCAUUCCCAUCCCAUACAUCCACCGAUUGCAUCGUAUCUCAUUUUAGUCAUCUCAAACACAAGGCGGGUCCCGGUACGAUUUGUAUAAUAAACUCUUCUGAAGUGGAUAACGGAACAAAAAAAGAAUUAAAACACAC